AUGACCCCCUCUCCGACCCCCGGCGCUGAGGUCGCGGCUGCGAAUCACCGCACCAAGGAGGAGAAUCAAGAACGCGCCUUCAUUGCUGCCUCUCGCCGCAAAGACCGGAGUCUAGAUGCCCGGAUUGAAUCCGCCAACCGUGCCUCGGCCCUGCACAAGCAGCGCACGGGGAGAGCUCUCCAUAUCAGUCGGGAGAUCGUCGAGAGCGAAGCCAUGUACGAGGAGAUCGACUGCAACUACCAGGCCAAGCUGCAGCGCAUGAUGCACGCCCAGACCUUGCAGCUGGAGCAGGAUUUCAACCGCAAGCUGUUGGAUGCCAUGCGGAACAACCAGCCUGGUCUGCAGCAGCGCCGGGCUUCCAGUUUAACCCCACGAGGCCCGCUGCAUGGCGCCCGCAAGAUGAGUCUGGAUCUGUCUCGUCUGCGUUCCUCCAUCUCCGAGGGGAUGAACAACUCGGGCAGUCCCUUGUCCAGCCCUCUGGCCGCGGGCGUCUUACCCAAUUCGAAUGUCCUGCUGUCUCCCAAUCACUCCCAUUUCUCUCCAUCCUAUUCUCUUGCACCCGGCUCCAAUGGCCAGAUGUCAUCCUACGUUACGCAGGCCACUCCUGGCGCCCCCACAUGGUUAGGAGGGGGAGGAGGAGGAGGAGGAGGAGGCCCACAGCAUCUAUGGGAAGGGUUUUACUCGCCCUCUCCCCUAUCCGGCGCUAGAGGAGGAAUGCCCAUGCCAAUGCGCCCGUUUCGCGAUCGCCUGGGAUCUUGCCCCACUAUUCCCCACGGCAUGCCCACUGCAACUCCAACUCCCAUGGCGGCCCCGAUCGUACCGGCUGGGGCUCGUGGCCCAGUUGCAAUGAGCCAGCACGUCCGUGUCCGGUCUGAACCUGGCCAGAUGGCCGCCGCCGCCGCCCCUCUCUCAGCGGCUACUAUGCCUCAUUCCUCCGCCGAUGCUGCUUCUCUCACCACGCCCACGACCACCGGUAUGAGCUCCCCGACUCGCGAUCUGAGCUCGUCAACGGAAUUCCUCCCCACGCCAGAUCUCUGCCCGACCCCGGUCACGCCCACCUCGCCCACCACCUCCAACCUUCACCACUUCCAGCACACGGGGGCCAGCGUCGACCUGUCCGCUCUGGAUCUGGGCGCUGAAAACGAGCUCACCUCGAUGUUCCCUCGCGGGCCCACCGACCCAGAGUAUCUCGAUUUCAGCCAGUUCGCCUCGACGCUGGAUAACAAUACGCAAGUGCAGUUUGGACCCGAGGGGACCGCGACCGCAGCAGGGAUGGACGAUAUGACGGGAAUGGAAGAAUUCACCAUUAGUGCAUGA